UAUCUCAAUUAGUUUUUUUCUCACUUUUUCAGGUUGGUUAUUGUCAGCUGCUCACUAUGUCAAAAGAAGAACAAGAACUAGAACAACUCUGGUCAUACUUCAAAGAUCUGCCCGAUGAUAUCAAAGAGAAAAGACAAAAAUUAACAGCUUCCUUGAGUCGGACAGAUCUUGGUGCUUAUCCUAGUACCAUGCUGAUAAGCACAGCGUUUGAUGAGCUUUUCCAAUGCUUUUCUAUUGGUGGUCAAAUAAAGAACUAUUACAGGUAUGGAGAAUUGCUGUAUUGUGGGAAGCAGCGAGAGAAGCUUUGGUUUGCUUUGAGACAUGGAAGCUUUGUUUCCGAAACUCAAGUCAAUGAACAAUCGAGUAUGAAAGACAUUGAAACUGCUCAAAAGAUUCAACAGUUCCACAAGCAACGGCUUUUGAAUGAAAAAGCUCAUGGAAGCUCUGAAGAUGUAUGGGAUAUCCGGGAAACCCCUCUUGUCAAUCCCUUUAAAGAAGAUUGAAUGGAUCAAGAAAUGUAAAUAGUAACGAACGAAUAAAAAUAUUUAAGACUACUUUUAUUGGUGUAUAUGCGAGCUAAUUAUACAAUGUCUAAUGGUUUUUCUUUUACAUCACAACACAGGAUCUUUUUUCGACUUCAUUGUCGUUAGCACCCUUUGGUCUGGCAUUCAAAGCACACCGGGCUGCUUCACUAAAGGCUUCAUUGACCCCUCUAUUCUUCUUGGCCGAACAUUCCAAGUACCUUAAAGCUCCAACUUUUUUGGCCACAGCCAAACCUUCUUCGUAGCUUACUAAUCUUCUCAGCUGUUGGUAGGGGUUGGAGUUGGCAUUGUAAGGGUUGAACAGAUCAUCUUCAUGGUUUAUUGGUUGUUCGACAUCGGUAUCUUCGUUUGAUCUCAAAUCACACUUUAAGGCCACCAACACCAACUUGACUCCUUCACAGUUAUCAGCAAUCUCUCCAACCCAUCUGGUCUGAACAUUUUCCAAGGAAUCAGGGGAAUCAAUACUGAAGCAUAACAUAAUACAGUGGGUGUCACUGUAUGAUAGAGAUCUUAGCCUAUCAAAUUCUUCUUGACCAGCCGUAUCCCAUAAAGAUAGCUGAACCGAUUGGCCAUCGAUGAAGAUAUCAUGAACGUAGUUUUCAAAAACAGUUGGUUCAUACACCUGAGGAAAAUAGCCUCGAGUAAACACGUUUAAUAAGGAUGUUUUACCACAGGCACCGUCGCCUAGAAUCACGAUUUUACGUUGGACUAAGAAUUGACGUUAGUUUUUUUGGCCUCCACCGCAGAUAGGCAUUGUGUUAGGGAAUUCGGUUGGUUGCUGAUAUAGGGAGAUAUAUCGAACCU